AUGCUUGCACAGGACAGCUGCGCCUCUCCUGCAGAACCAAGUCACCCGCGCUCUGGGAGAAGGCUUACAGCACAGCCGAAUGUGCAGAACCAGAUGCAGCAUACAGAGAUGUGUGCGCAGGAGAAGCUGGAGAACUUUCGGAUGGGGGCCUUCGGGCAGAUGCCAAAUCGUGACAGAGCUUGCAGCCAAUUGGCGGCUGAAGCCUCCUCGCAGACUGCGCGGAGCAAAACAAGACAAACAGAAGUCGUGAUGCCAAAGUGGGAGGAGGCAGAUGUUUUCGCAGAGCCUGGGCUGGAGCUGCAGCAGUUGGCGCAAAAGAGGCGGUCGAUGACAAAGGCGCUGAGAAAAAGACUGCAGCACAUGGAGAAACACUGCGGCAUACUCUCGGAGGACUAUCAGCGCUUGGCGGGUUUGGAUACAGAGCUCUACAGAGUUGUGGCAAAUUUGCGGCAUGCGUUUGCCAGAGAGCAAGAGGCCUUGGCUGACAGGCGCCACAGUGCAGGGCCUGAACUGUGCAGGUCUCGCACAGAUUUCACAAAGGGCUCCAAUUGA